CACACACACACACACACACGCGCACACAUACACUGCCGACGCGUUGUCGAUCGAUCGCGCCCUGCGCUCCUCUCUCUCCUCCAUGUCAACUGCCCUCCCAAACACUGCCGAAGCCUCGGCCCCGCCGGCUUGGCUGCAGCAGCUGCCCCCACAACAGCGUGAGGCCCUGGAUGCUCUUCGGGCUGCAUUUGACGCUGCCCUGCCAAGCAGCCCAAACCUCCAAGCCUUGAAGUUGUCCGACGACCAAGUGCUACUGCGCUUCUUGAUCGCUCGUAAGCUGGACGUGAACAAGGCGCUGUCGAUGCUGCAGGAUACCGCCAACUGGCGCGUCAAGUCCGGAGCCGAGCUCGAGGUCUUCCCGAUUGUUGGGGCCCCCGGGCCGGAGCUGGCCCCGAAGGACGCUCUGCUGCCGAUUGCCGUGCGCGGGUUCCAGUCCAUCCGCGACUGCAAUGCUGUGCCGAAGAACCCGGAGGAGGAGAAGAUGUUCUCCUCCAUUGGCGGCGUUUGCGUCCACAAGUGGGAUAAGGAGGGCCACCCGAUUUUCAUCGAUCGCCUGGGCCUGCUCGAUACGCAUAGCUACUCCAAGCAUGUCAGCUAUGAGACGCUGGAGCACAUCCACCUACGCACGCAGGAAAUGAUUCGCCGAGUGCUGAUGCCGGAGCUGACUCGCCGCUUUCGGACGCGCGAUGAGCCCCGCGUCGACAAGCUGACCGCCAUCUUCGACAUGUCGGGCCUGACCAUUUCCCAGUUCAACAUCUCGGCUCUCAUGAUGGUUCGCCACACAGGGCAGCUGGACAUGGACAACUACCCGGAGUCCCUGCGCCGGGCCUUCUUCGUCAAUUGCCCGCCGAUCUUCACCAAGUUCCAGGCCUUCGGCAAGAAGUGGGUCGAUGCCGAGACCUUCUCCAAGGUUCAGUUCCAUACCCGAGGCCCGGAGCAAACCCGUGCCCUGCUGGAGGCCAUCGAUGCGGAGAACCUGCCAGCCUUCCUCGGGGGGCAGUGCUAUUGCACCUCGCAGCCGGGAGGCUGCUCGCCCAGCCUGCGUCUUGAUCGCCGGGAGUACUUCUACCCCCAUGUCAAGGAUGUUUCAGCGCGGAAUGAAUUCCGCGUGACGGUGUCCAUCCCGGAGUUGCUCCGGCAGCGAGCCGCCGGGUCUCUGGAGCUGACCUCCGGCCCCCCGACCAAUCAGUAUUACUUGCCGGAGCCGACGUGCGCCCCGAGCUCGGGAGUCGCCGCUACCGUGCUCGCCUCGGCCCCCCUGGUCCCCGGGUCCCAGGCCGAGUGUGAGGAUGACUCCGAGGUCGAGUGUGAUGCCAUCGAAGAGGGUCCCCCGAGUGCUUCUGCUGCCCCACGCCCGCACAACACCCCGCCCGAUUCCUCGGAUGAGCUUGUGUCGCCGGAGGACUCGACCGCGGACUUUGUGUCGCCCUCCUCCAGCUGCCAGCUGAACAAGAAGCAGCCAGCCACUGUCGACCCGUCGGCCACGGAUCUGCGCAUGAAGGCUUUGUCCCUGAGUGACCAGCAAUCGGCUCCGCACCUGACCUGGCACUUUAUGACCGUGCAGAACAACAUCCGCUUCGGCGUCUUCCGAGUUACCUCGGCCGGCACCGAGGUCCCGGUGGUAGACCCGGCCAUGGUCGACUCGCAUGUGGACCCGGUGAAGGGCAGUAUUGCCGUGGACCCCGACUCCACGUACAUUCUUAGCUGGGACAACUCCUCCUCGUACUUCACGGGGAAAACGGUCUACUUCAAUUGGGAUAUCGUGCCAGGGGCCAAGUAAUGCCCCCUGAGGGCAACUACUGCAUCAUUUUUCCACCGGAGGAGGCUAUCUACGGGAGGUGUCAGGGCUUCCUCUCUCCACAUCAGUCGUCCAUGGGGAGAUGACUCCCCCCCCCCCACCUCCGCCUCCGCUUCUGUCUCCUCCUCCCCCUCUUUGUCUCAGCCCUGCCUUUAUUCCCCCGUGUACGUCUCCCUUCCCUGGCAGUCGCCAUCCGAGCUGGGACGCACGCCUGCACAUGUGGAGGAUGUACCGCGUGAUUGCAUUUAUUGUGCUGGCUUCUGAUAGACUACGCCCUGUCCGGGUGCCGCCGGCCGAGCGGGCGGCAAGCAGCAGGCAGCCCUUUUUUCGUAUUUUCCCGCCUUCGGAGAAGGGGACGAAAGGAGCGAAAGAAAGAGAAAACACCAAUAAAGACUCCCAGAACUCUCA